GUAGGAAGAUGGCGGCGGCUCCGCUGUACUGUGUCUGCCGGCAGUCCUAUGAUGUGAGCCGGUUUAUGAUCGAGUGCGACCUCUGUAACGACUGGUUUCAUGGCAGCUGUGUCCAGGUGGAGGAGCACCAUGCGGUGGACAUUGACGUUUACCACUGUCCUAACUGUGAACCCCAACACGGACCCUCCUUGAUGAAAAAGCGCAACAACUGGCACAGGCAUGACUACACCGAGCAGGACGAUGGCACCAAGCCAGUGCAGGCUGGCACCUCUGUGUUUGUCAAGGAGCUCCAGAACAGGACCUUUGCCAGUGGGGAUGAGAUCCUGCAGUGGAUGCCUGGGGAGCAGGUGACCCAGAGGCACCUGGAAAGUCACGGCUGGCUGUACCCCAUCGCUGUGUCCAACAUGGAGGGACUGGGACUCAGGCUGCCUCAACCAUCCUUCUCUGUCAAAGAUGUGGAGCAAGUUGUCGGCGGUGACAAAGUCAUUGACGUCAUCGACGUGGCCAGGCAAGCAGACAGCAAGAUGAAGCUGAAAGAGUUUAUCAAGUAUUACUACAAGCCUCAUCGGCCCAAGGUGCUCAACGUUAUCAGCCUGGAGUUCUCUGACACCAAGAUGGCAGAUCAGGUGGUGGUACCUGACGUAGCUCAGAACAUGUCCUGGGUGGAGAACUACUGGCCAGAUGACUCCUUCUUCCCCAAGCCCUUUGUCCAGAAGUACUGCCUCAUGGGGGUCAAGAACAGCUACACUGACUUCCACAUAGACUUCGGGGGCACCUCUGUGUGGUACCACGUUCUCUGGGGUGAGAAGAUAUUCUACAUGAUCAAGCCGACCCAGGCCAACCUUGCACUAUACGAGGCGUGGAGCUCCUCUCCCAACCAGAGUGAGGUGUUCUUCGGGGACAAGGUGGACAAAUGCUACAAGUGUGUUGUGCAGCAAGGAACCACGCUGCUCAUCCCCACAGGAUGGAUCCAUGCCGUCCUCACCUCUCAGGAUUGCAUGGCGUUCGGAGGCAACUUCCUCCACAACCUCAACAUUGACAUGCAGCUCAGGUGUUACGAGAUGGAGCGUCGUCUGAAGACUCCAGACCUCUUCAAGUUUCCCUACUUUGAGGCUAUCUGCUGGUAUGUGGCCAAGAACCUGCUGGAGACCCUGAAAGAGUUGCGAGAAGACAAUUGUCCACCUCAGACCUACCUAGUGGAGGGAGUGAAAGCUUUAAUCAGUCCACUGAAAACCUGGCUGAAGAGAGAGGUUACGGAGCCCACCAGCGAGGUCCCGGACCAUAUCAGGCCCAACCGUCUCAUUAAAGAGCUGACCAAGGAAAUCCGCUACCUGGAGGAAGACCAGGGCAGCAGUGGUGGCACCAACAAGCCAGUGAAAUCUCAGGGAAGCGGUGGAGGCCAGCGUCUGGCCAUGCGCUCCACGCUGGAGAGGGUGUGCCCGGCCCGUCAGGCGCGGCGGGCAGCCCGGAGGCUCCGGGAGCAGCAGGAGCAGGGCCCUAAGGUUCCCUCUAACCUGGAGAUCCUGGAGCUGCACACCAGAGAGGUGCUCAGGAGGCUGGAGGUGGGCCCUCUGGAGGAGGACCCUACCUUCUGUCCCCCGGUGCAUGGGAAGUUCAACAUGGUGUCCACUGCCUCUGCCGCUGCCGCUGAGAACCCAGACACACACCUGCGUCUCACGCUGCACAACGGACGGAUCAUCCGAGACGCGAGGAGACCAGGUAGUAGCACGGCUAGCAGCCCAGUGAAGGUGGAGAGUGAGAGGUCGUCCGUGGGCCAACUGAAGAGCAGAGAGGAGAUGAAGACAGAGUCAGACCAGCAACAGCAGCACAGCACUAUGGGAGGGGAGGAGAAACCAGGCCACCUCGGGGGUAUUGAGAGGGUUAAGACUGAACUCAGGGAAGAAGCCUCAGGACACUCCGAUGUGUCGGACAUGGACUCGGACAGUGAUUCCAACACACAGCAAAACACCUCUUCUGAGGAAGAUUCAGGAAGCUCCCAGAGUGAAGAUGAGGAGAGGGGCUCAUCCCAGAGGGCCGCGGGGCACACCAUAGAGCUAGACCAGACAGACUUGAACCUCCGGCACAAACACAAACAACUCAAAAGAGAACGUCCUACCUCACCCAGCACAGAGGAGGCCAUUCAAGGCAUGCUGUCCAUGGCUGGCCUGCUGUGCCCCUCCAAGCCAGACGAGGUCGCCACUUCCCAGGAGCCGUGGUGGUCCAGCCAGAGCCGAUGCUCGCCGGAGCGCCGAGAGCAGCACCAGCGGCGUGUGGCGGGGGACAAGAGCCCCAUGGACAGCCAGGGAAACAGCAGCAGCGAGGCCUGGGACAAUCAGGGGCCCCUCUCCCUUGGGGCCCUGAGCCACGAUGCCAGCCCAGAGGCCGACAACUACCAGUACUGUGAUCCCUCAAUGUCUCCCCCUCUACACCCCUCCAAAAGACACGCCUCCAACUCCCCUCCCGUCAGCAACCAGGCCACGAAAGGCAAGCGGCCCAAGAAAGGAAUGGCCACGGCCAAGCAGAGACUGGGGAAGAUCCUGAAGAUGAACCGACACAAUGGCGUCUUUGUAUAGAGCUCUGAGGGCCACAGGCAAAGCUAAAGGAGGGUAACAGACCCCUGUCCUCACAUCCAGAUUAUUCUGUACAUUUAGUCGACACCUUUUUGUCCUGGAGAAAUCACUGCCUGGGGAAAGGGCCCAUCUGAGAGACUUGUGGUCAGACACACAAACAGGCUUACUGUGCAUGCUUAGGACCACAGGGUAUUGGAUUCACAUGAGCAAGCUACCAAUCAAGCGCACAGCUUCACUGCAAGCACGCUAAAACGUAAUGGAGAAGAAGGGGGGAAAAGCAUGUUGAUUACUCAACUUCAGGGAAACAUAGAGAGAGUUCCAGUGGGCAUUAACGUGUCAUGGGGAAAUGUUAGAUGUCCGGAUGAGGUAGGAAUGAGGUCUACAGUACAUCGUAACAUUGAAGACAAUUCUUCAGCCAAUGUUAAUGACACGCAUAAGCCAAUGCAGGCUGCUUGAUGUCCCACCAUCUGCAUCUCCCAGCGCUGCCUUCCUUGAAUAUCUGCAGCACUAUGAACUGGAUGAGACCCAGGACAAGAUGGAAGUUGGGAUAGACAGACUGGCAUUGACCCACCUGGCUCCGUGUCUGGGCUCUCUCUAGCAGGGUCCUUUUUGUCCCUGAGAAGAAAAAAAGUGCUAAGCUAAUUUUUCGAAAUGGUGCUUAAUGUUUGUACGUCCUCCAUGCUCCCAACUCCCCUUAUCUCAAUCACACCAGCAAUAAUGACGUUGAGUAGAUGAGAGAGACGUUUUGAGGCAGCACUCUUGGUUAGUCUUCCCUGCCACAUUGUGUCAUUCAUUUAUUUAAAGACGAUUGCCUAAUUUAUCAUUGCACUGUUUUUUGGGAAGGUAAAAACCCAUCAGGUCUAAAACAAUUAAUUUUUAACCUGUCUGCAUUAGUUCAUCAUAAGUCUCUUUGAAUUUCACGUUUUAAUGCUUUGAUGGAUCAUACGAAAGCCAUAGUCCUCUAUAUAGAAUCGAUAUGAUUUUGCUGCCCUCUGAUGGUCAAAGGGAGACUAACAGAGUGCUGCCUCAAUAAGGAAUGUUUUAUAGUGUAAGUUGUUUACUUGGUUGAAAAACAACUUGUAUAAUAUCCUGCUUAAUUUAUUCAAGUUUUGUUACGUGAUUUUAAUGUAAUUUUUUUAUGGAUUCUGAGUUAUGUAUUUAUUAAUUGAAAGAGGUGAAUAUUGAUUUUAUUAUAUUUUGGCCCUAAACCUCAGCUAUUCUGGGAAUUUUCUUCUCAAGGGGUUUAUUUUUUUCUUCCUCGCUUAUUGUAUAUGUGGACAUUUUAGACUUCAUGUGGUCAUGAUAUAUUGUGUAGGUCAGUAAGAAUUUCUAACUCAAUCUUUUUUUCCCUCCACUUCUGUCCAAGUAGACUUCCACAUUUUACAUUUACAUUUAAGUCAUUUAGCAGACGCUCUUAUCCAGAGCGACUUACAAAUUUACUUAACUUGAUUUGAACCUAGGUCUCUUCUGGUUUCCUCUCAUAGUUUCCAGGGGUUAGUGGGGUUGUGUGUUAAGAGAAUGGGUAAUAUUGUGACUCCAAAAGGUUACCACCCCUGCCCUGCUACACCUAUAGCCUACUUGACGUUGUUUAACAAAAAAAAACCAUUUUGAACAAUUUUAAUAGGGUGAGAUUUUGGGGGGGGGGGUUCCUAUGAUAUGGUGCUGAAGUGAGGUGUGUGAUUUGUAGCUCUUCACUCUCAGGGAAUGAUGCCACAGAUAUGACCUCUGAUUUAAUCACCAGCUACAUUAUGUACACUACAAAGGCAAGUUCUUCCAACCAGACUCUUGUUCCACUUCUUUCUCUAACUAAGCAGUUGUGCAUUGGAAUUGACCAAGUUGAAGAAAUCAACACGAUCAUCUCUAUUUGGAGAUGAUACCAUCUAUGCUCAAGCUCUGCCUAGCUAGUAAACAAGUUUAACUCCACUGUAUCGAUUUCAAUAUCUGUGGUCUAUCGCUCAGCCCUUAAUGAGAUUUUACCUAAUGACACAUAUCACACUUGUAUGUCUUCCCCUCCAUGGAAUAGUGUUUAAUCCUAUUGCCAGACAUUUCCAUUAACUCUUAUUGCAUGUUGAAGUCCUCACCACUCGUCUGUGUAAUAAUAAGCACAAGAGCUAGGCAGGGUUUGUUAUUGGCAGCAGUUCUCUCAUUCAUUGUACAGUAUUUACCGUAAACUCUUACGUGCAAAUCUGUGUUUCUUCUCUGUGCAUUAGUCCUUCAGAUGGUUUGAUUUAUCAUGAUUUGAACCAUACAAACACUGGCUUACUGUGACAGUUACUUGAUGCAUUUCAAAAAUGGCCUGUAAAUAUAAAAAUGAACUGAUUUUGUUAAA